UGGCAGGUCGAGCGGUGGGUUGUUCUAACAAUUAACACGUUUAAAGAACUUUAUUUGCAAAACUUUGUUUGAGGCGCUCGUAAACUUCUCGAGGGAUGCCGAAGGUACACGUCCUCGCCCUCUCUAAAGCUUCAUAAUUUAUGCGUGUUGAAAAGCAUUUUUAAAAAGAGUUAUCGCCACAAAAGAAAGGCUAAGUUAGCAUAGUUAGCUCGCGAGAGCUGUGUGUGUCGGUAAAAUCUGCCGAACUGAGCAAAGUAAACUAAAGAUGUUGGUUUAAAGUUAAGAAGUUAAGCUUCAGCCGUCCAGCUAGGUGAAAGCUGACAUGUGUUUCUAAACUUGAGGGAGAUAGCAGAAAUAUUCUUUCUUUCAAGAGCUGACGGGUCCGUUCCGUUCGCCGCGAGCGAGCAUGUCGUGCGUCGGGUGCGCGGGUCGGGGGCGCGCGUCGGGCUUGCAGCCCAUCAGAGCCACAGUGCAGUUCCAGCUCCACGGCAGGACCCCCAGGGAGGCCAAGACAGUGGAGAAAACCAAGUCUCGUCCACCAAAGCCAAGCAUUCGCCGUACGCUAUCGCUGGAAACCGUCGUAGGACCCUACCUGCAGGGCCGCUGGCCCAAGGAGCCCGACAGCCACAGCUCCUGUGUCAAUGACAAGGCUACCCAGACACCUAGCUCAUGGUGCAAUGAGUCCCGUAGCCGGAGGAGCGGAGGACACAAGCGCUCUGCAUCCUGGGGAAGUGCCGAUCACCUGAGAGAGAUCUCCAACCUGAAACACCAGCUGCAGAAGCGCUCCAAGCACUCUCCCCGAGGGGGCCCUGAGAGGGACUGCCCCUCUCACCAUUCUCCUGGAGGCUACAUUCCAGGGACCACACAGACAACACCUUUCCUGUCACUGAGCCGGCUAACCCCUCGCCUGCGUCACAGUGUGGAGGGACUCAACCUGGAGCUGGAAGGUGUCUUUGUGUCUGGAACACCCCAGGAGCAGCGCUCAAUCAUACUAGAUGUGCCCGAUGGCCACCGGGCACCGGUGCCAUCGCAGAGGUGUAGCAGUGAGUCUCAGAGCAACUCCUCUCCUGCUCCACUGGAUCCUGCUCUGUUGUCCCCAUCUCCUUCUCCCUGCCCCAUGGAGGAUGUGGCAGCCGACACGCUGUGCCCAUCACCCUCGCCCCCACUAGUUGGAAUAGGCUCCUCCCCCCUGCCGAUGUCCUCCUCUCCUUGCCCCAGGAAGAUCUCCACCUUCCAGAGGGAGCCCCCCGAAGGCUGUGAGAGAGUACGCGCCUGUGAGGAAGCCCUCACUCCCAGUUCCAGCCUGCUACUCACCCAUCCCUUGUGCCCUGACCCCAACAAAGUGAACUUCACCCCCCAUGGGGGCUCUGCCUUUUGUCCUGUCAGUCUAUUGAAGCCGCUGCUGCCCUCUGUAGACUUCCUGUUUCGCAGCCUCUCUGUGUCUCCUGUCACCAGCUGUCCACCCACAAACACCGAGCCUGGAGUUGGCACGGACUGUAACACCACCGCUGCUAUGUAAACGCAGAGGACCUACCCCAUCGGUGGGAAGGACGAAUAUUAGACAGGGAAGAGAGAGAACCCUCCAGCAUUGGUUUGAAGCAAAAAUGCAUACAAGCCCUGAAUUUUCUUGUCAUACUGACAAUGUUGUGGACUUUGAAGUCACUUGAAAUUGCUAAUCUUCACCAAAUACUUUGCUGGAGAACUAUGAAUGUACCAUAGUUAAUGCUGUGGGUUGUCAAGUGAAUGUCUAGCACUGCUAGGACCUGCAAGACUGGUCCUUUCUGACCCUGUCCCCAAAUUACCUAUGCCUAUCUUUACAACACAUCCCUGUGAGGGAUAACGUGCAAGAUUUUGGAAGCAAUUGAGGAAGGAGGAGACACUUAGCAUGAAUGAAAUCUGCUCGGAGGCAACACAGGGAUUUCAGCUGUUGGGUACCAUUUUAAAAAAGUACUGCAGGUUUCCCUAACAAUCUGCCUGUAAACGUAAAAGUACAAUCUUUCUUGUCUCCACCUGUGCUCUUCAGGUGAACUGGUGAUAUUUGUUCCCUGUAAAAUUACCCAUAGACCUAUAAUUCUUGCCAAAUGCAUGCUUCCUUUGUUUCAAACAGUGCUUUAACUGCAGACCUGUUUGGUUUUUGCCCCCCCCCCAUUGUCUUUACAGACAGACUUGACACUUCAUACUGUAUAAGAUGUAUUUAUUACAACUUUAAUCUAAACACGAAAAAGUGAAGCAGGCACUGGCAAACAUUCCUAUUUUUAUUUAGGUUUUGGAAAACUUAAUCUAACUUGGUUGGUUAAUGAAUUUGCCACUUAAAAUAUGUAGUUAAGGAAUCUCUUAAUCUAGGUCUUAGGUGUCUUUUAAGAUUACAGGGUGAACACCUAAGGAUCUUAGUAAAUGGUCUUUGAAUUUAUUUGAGCACAGCUGUGCUCUAAAUCAGAAUUGCUUGUUUGUAGUAUUUCAGUUAAAGAUUUCAUCAAAUUUAAAAUAUACUGUAGGUUUAAAUGUGACAACUCUGUAUGUUGAUGGUGCUAGUCCUAAAAAAAAAAAAAAUUUUUCAGAAGUUUUCUUCCUGUUUGCAUUUGUUCAUUCUCAUAAAAUGAGAUUAUGUGGAUUUCACUUUGAAAGGAAUGUUUCAAAGAGUUUUGAGGUCAUAUUACAAAGCAAUGCCUUUUUUUUUUUUUUUUUAAAAAUAUGAGUAAAGUGUAUUCUGCUUCAGCCUGUGAAACACAGAAAUUGAAGAGUUUCUCUGCAGCCUUAAUAGUUUAAAAUGGAUGGCCUUUUCUUUGAAGUUGGCCUGCUGGAAGCAUAAUUAUUAAAUGCAAGAAAUGAGUAUAAUACUUUCUCAACAAUGCUUUUGUAUAUUUUUGGGGGGAGUAAUAUGAAUGCUUCAAUCAAUUUAUAAUCGUAUAGGGAAGCAAUGACAUUUGUAAAUAUUUAAUAUAUUAGUUGACUACUGUCAAGUCUGAGUUUCAAGUGUUUUAUUUAUUUCACAAACCCUUCAUGUGCUUCUGCAGUUUUUAACCUAAAUUUUACGUGUAUUGUUCCUACACCCUCAUUCAUGGUGCAGUAUGCUUGUAACCUCUUUACAUAAUACCUAGUGUAUGUCUCUAACAUGACUUGUUUCACAACUACAUUUUAUAAAAGUAUUUAUUUCUUGCCUCCCC